CUUGGACAACCUAGACCUUACCUUCUUACUCAAUGUCUAAUCUAGAUAUCAUGGAGGCGAAGCCAAUAAGCGAUGAUGUUGCACGGAAUGUCGACAACUCCUGGACCAACACUUGCCAAACAGGCAGUACAGUUCAGGAGGUAUCUCGUCGCAUUCUAGACAUUAUCUUUGAGUAUGCUCUUAACAAGUUUGAUGAUUCAAAAGAACGUUUGGAGAGAGGUGCGGGUAACUUCAUGUCGAUUAUAGACAAAUUCGUCGAAUCGGAGACUCGAAUACAGACAUGCUUGCCCGCAUUCCCAUUCAAAUCCGCAAAUAAGGUUUACAAAGUCCUGGGCAGUUUGCCUGAUAAGGCUGAAGAGCUAGCAUUGGAUAGACUGAACACAAUGUGUGUGCGUAUACAAGAGGUAUACGCUCCGGGUGCUGAAGUUACCAUCAUAUCAGAUGGCAUUACAUAUAACGACUUGUUGUGUAUAUCUGAUCAAGAUACGUGGGCUUAUGGAGAGGCUCUACGAGAUAUGGCUACCGAGAAGAAGUUCAACUACAUCAACUUUGCUCGAAUGAAGGACCUACUCAACUUUCCCGUGCCAGAUAAGAUGACUGAGAUCAUUUACGUUGCGAAUUGUACCACUUUCCGCCGUCUGCUCCUUAACCAAUAUGGCCGGGCCGACCUGGAUAUCGACCAUGAGAUCGCCACAAAUCCCGACACAAAACUGACAUACCUCGGAUACAAAAGGUUCUUGGAAUCUGAUUUGAAGUACAUAUUUCCUCGAGGAGUAAAUCGAACUGCCAAUGAAUAUAAGAGGGAUUGCAAAUAUCUUGCUAAACAAAUGUUACUUCGAGGAGACGCUUUCGCGCGCGCAAUCAAAUAUGCCUUCCCCAAUCACUUACGACUUUCAAUCCACGAAUCAGUGGGUGUAAACAAGCUUUGGAUAUGUUUGCUCAACACCAAAACAGGCUACACGACCCCGUGGCAUUGUAGCGUCGCCAAAUUAGCCGAUGGAGAGUGGAUUAGCGCUCCUAUGGCUGAAUUCAGCAAAGAUGACAGACUGGAGCUCAUUUAUGAAGCUGGCAGACCUAGUUACUUCAAGGAGGAACCGUUGCAUCGUGGCGGACUCAAUAUCGACGAGACAUCAGCAAGCUACCUCCAAGAAGCUAGACCACGAAGCGCAGUCGAAUACUUCAGCGAAGCAUCCACGCCUACUCUGGUUUCCCCUAAUGCCGCCUCACACAGUAACUCUCCGGUGUUUUCGCCCCGCGCCAAUAUGAUCAGUAGCGGAGGUUCAGCUUCAGAAGCUUCCUCGCCCCCAAGCUUAGCAUCAAGCUUCCAGGAAGUCGGCGCAGAGGAUGGGUCUAACAUUGCUCCAUUAUCGGAAGAUCUCAGACCUGCUCAAGUGCCAUAUGGUAAACGACUUCUCCCUCAAAUCAUAGACGAGGUAGCAGUUGUUGAUCCAGAACGUAUUGUUUUCUCUCUGGCAACGCUCUCUGGCGAUUCACUCAAUUGUGAUCACAUAUCUGCUCGCAUUUUCAGCAAGGCUGUUGAUAAAACUGCUUGGUGGCUGGGCAGCCUGGUUGGCAAGCCUGAUUCUGUUCAGCCCAUUGGAUAUAUCGGCCCUCAUGAUUUGCGAUACGUUUUGUUGACAUACGCUUGUGUCAAAGUUGGAUAUGCUGCACUCUUUCUAUCGCCAAAAAAUAACCUAGAGGAGGCGCUGGCAGUCCUUGAAUCAGUCAACUGCCAUAUAUGGGUUAAUGCUUCAGAUGUGCCCCUAAUUCCUUUAGUCAAUGACAUCCUUGAGAAACGCCCCAUGAACCUUCUGCAGGUCCCUGAGGUCAACGAGUUGCUGAGCAUUGAUACUGUCAAGCCUUUUCCUUAUACCAAAACGUUUGAGGAAGCCAUCAAUGAGCCUUUCUGCUAUCUUCAUACUUCUGGGUCAACGGGAGUGCCUAAGCCUAUCCCUUGGUCCCAUGGUUUGGUUGGUACAAUGGAUGCAGUGCGAUUGCUACCAUCCGCGGAAGGCUACGAUGAUUUGCCUCCGUGGACAUCGGAUUGGAAGCCAGGUGAUACGAUAUAUUCAUCGUUCCCUAUGAGUCAUGGAGCCGGAAUUAUUAUGGAUAUUCUAAUGCCAGCUCUUUUCGACUUGCGCUGUAUAUUGGGACCCAGGGGUGUUCUUCCCAACGUCAACCUUGUAGAACAACUGGCCGAGAAGGCCAAGGUUGACAUCUGGAGCAUGGUACCGUCUCUUGUGGACGAGCUGGGAGAAGCACCCGAAGUCCUUUCCAAGUUGAGCCGGUCCAAAUUUAUAUGUGCCUCUGGCGGUCCUGUCAGCCCAGUCAGCGCUGGAAAAGUAAAUGAGACAAUCAGAGUGUUGAACCUAACGGGGACCACGGAGGGUCUAUUUAUUGGCAACCUCGUCACAUCGAGAGAAGACUGGUUCUGGUUCUGCUUCCACCCGUACUCUGGUUUCGAAUUCAAGGAAAUUGAGGAGAAUACCUAUGAGCAUUGGGUGCAUCGAAACGAACAUUGGCCUCUCUUCCAGGGCAUAUUUCACACUUUCCCAGAGAAGGAGUCGAUCAACUUUAAGGAUCUAUAUGUGAGGCACCCAACGAAACCAAAUCUGUGGUCUUUUAAAGGGCGAAGCGAUGAUCUUGUCGUCCUGUCCAAUGGGUAUAAGGUAGCGCCUUUGGAAACAGAGGCUUUCAUCGCCACACAUCCUGCCAUUAAGAGUUGUCUUAUUUUCGGAACAGGGAAACCUCAAGCUGGUCUACUGAUCGAGUUAAAAGACCCUUCGAAUAAAACUGACGAACUUAUCGGUAGUAUAUGGGAAACCGUGAAGAAGGCCAACUCCAUCUCCCGACACAAAGACCAACUUCUCAGGGACUUUGUCACCUUUUCAGAUCCUAAUGCGCCUUUUAUUCGUACAGAUAAGGGCACCGUAAAGAGAUCUGCUACACUAACGCUCUACGCCGACUAUAUCGAACGUUUUUACAGCUCUCGUAAUGACGAUAUUUGCUAUGGCUACCCUUUCGAUAUGGAUUCGGCUGAGUCAGUUCAGAGCGGCAUUCGUGAAAUCCUCGCGUCUUCACUCCCCGCAUCCCGAACAGCAUCCCUAGAUACGAACUUAUUUGAUCUUGGGCUGGACUCUCUUGGCGUUUUCGCGGCUAUCAGGGCGAUCCGAGCAGCUUCAGGCUUAGGUGAACGGAUUGCUCCUCGUCACGUCUACGCCAAUCCAAGUAUAGCCAGUCUCGCCUCAGCUAUUUUGCGUCUGGUGGCUGAAGAGAAGAUUAUGACGGAAGCAAACCGUCUAGAAAAGCCUAUGGAAAGCGAUGUAGCUCAGCUGAAGGCUGCAAUUGCCAAACACAAGGCGCGGCAAUCGUUUCGACUGAAUGCCUUCGACUAUGUCAAUCCUAACCACGGCAUGGGCUUGGUCUUCUAUUUCUCCCUACAUAAAGGUGUUGAUUACGACCAAGUCUUUGCCAACUUACAAGAAGGCCUCAAUUGUACAUUCGACUUAAUCCCAGCCCUGAGUGGCAAGAUUAUGAACUCUUCUGAGCAAGAGAUUGGUUAUACUAGAGGGAAUCUCUGUGUUACUAUCCCACCUGACUCUAUGGCAGCUUCUGUACGAAAUCGUCUAGUCUACAAGGAUCUCUCCAAUAUUCUCCCGUCAUUCGACGAGCUCCGAGAUGCAGGCUUCCCACCGUCUGCUUUUAAAGACGGUCUUGUCUUACGAGACGAUCCAUUCCCAAAAAUGCCCGCCGAUAUCUUCGUCGGCCAGGCCAACUUUGUCUCUGGCGGAUGUAUUCUAGCAGUUGACUUGAAUCACUGCUGUCUUGAUGGUGUUGGAGCCAUGGUUGCUAUCAAAGCUUGGGCCGAAAAUUGUAGAUAUUUGCAAGGCAACGAGGCAGCAACAUGUCAAUGGUAUGACCCCGAAAGCUUCAAUCACAGCUUGCCGGAGAUUAUUCAUCAGCAAGAGGGUUGGGACCGACCACUUCAUGAAAUCGACCCAUUUACAUGGAGGUAUCUACCAUUCUUCCCCCCAGACGAUGGUAAAAGCCAAACUGCUAUCUUGGCUACGAAGGAGACGGCAAAAAUGGGCAAAGACGAGAAUCCAAUUUCCACGCAAGGUUCAAAAGAAACAGCUCUCUUGCCUCAGCUCAACUUCACUCUCCAUCCUAUUUGGCCAUUACCUCGCGCUGAAAGAAGCUUGAAAACGACUUUGUUUUUAAUUUCGCCCGAAAAAUUGGAAGAGUUGAGACAGAACAGCGUCCCUGAUGGCCAAGCUAAGGGGGUGACAUGCUCGAUUAGCGACAUUGUACAAGCGUUCUUCUGGCGCAGUGCCAUCAAGGCGCGGUAUCGCGUGGCUACAGAAAUCCGCAAAGAUGCCUUUGGACCUAACGACAUAUCCAUUCUCGAGUUACCUACUGAUGGUCGCCCUUAUUUUUCCUCUUUGUUGCCUUCAACAUACAUGGGCAGCUUACUCAUCUUGAAUCGGUCCAGUAUGUCAGUCGAAACACUCUGUUCUCCGAAGACCAGUAUAGGAGACGUUGCGUAUCUGCUUCGUCAAUCUGCUAAGAGCAUUACACCCUCGGUUGUUCAUGAUGCAUUUUCAAUACUGCAAUCGCUUCCAGAUCAUACAAGGUUCUCAACUGCCAAUAUGGGUCUUGAACAUAUGCACGCCAUGAUAUCCAACAUGAUGCUAUUCCAGACUAGUGAGAUCUGCUUUGGAGACCAAUUUUUCGCCAAUGGAGGCUCCCCAGAGUCUAUGCGGCCACAACUUGAGCGCGGAAAUGGGCGAUUUAGAUUCUUGGUCAUCUUUCCAAUGAAACAAGAUGGAGGCGUGGAACUGGUCAUGGGUACACACCCUGAGGAACUGGAGAUGUUAAUGAACGAUGAGGAGUUUACGAAAUAUGCAACUCUUGUAGGUUCCAGCCAUUAAAUUUAAGCAUUGUUCAUGCGGGUAACAUACUGAGAUGGGUUUUGACCUUAUAACUGGAGUUUAACGUCUUAAUUAUGCAUUUGAAACACCAAAGUUGACAACUCUGGCCAUUUGGCGUAUUCGUAUACAGCACCGGACUACAUAGCUACAUAGGACAAUGUAUACAGCUUUGAUGAAGCCGUGAUUUUUCAGGUCUUUUGUCAAAUCACUUAUCUUGCUUAAUCAUAUAGCAGUACUAAAUUCU